AUGCAAGAUGCGGCUCGCGUCCAUGGUAUCACGCUCAUUCCCCGACCCGCUGGUUUACGCUAUACUACCGCCGACGUCCGCGGGAAGACGGGCAUAUCUAGCAAGGAAUGGAAUGCCAUACAGUUCGACGUCCGCGCUCUCGCCCGCGUGGCUGACCUCGAUAUCCGUGUCGACUUUCGUCUACAUGACAAGCAGAAGCUCGCAUGGAUCAGGCGCGAGGCUGUAGCCCGGCACCCGGUUCUCCGGGACUACGAGAACCAGUGGCCGGCGAUGAUAAUGGUGGGAUCGUACCUGCUCGGCAUGAGGACAAUUGCGCGCAAGGAGGGCACCCUUCCCCCGGGACCUUGGAAGAGGGGCGGCGGUCUGCCUCGCAAAACCAUCCUCCGGCCCCAUACCAAGAUCUUGGGAGGCACCCUGGCCAGCAUCCGCAGCGCCGCGGGCCUGGGACCCGCCACUUUUGACCGGAUACGGGUCGACAUCAACACACUCGUUGACGCGCUGCUCGAUCCGUGCAUCCCCUGGACAAAACAGGGCAAGGACAAGAUUCGGUCGUUUCGGCAGCAGAUCGCAGAGAAGCACCCGGUUCUCGAGAAGUACCCGGAGAGUUACAGGGCACGGGCGGACAGGAUCCGGAAAGAGACGGACACUCCAAUCCGUACCUUGGACUUUUAG